AAAGAUCACGGUGCGGCACUUUCUUAGCUCUCAGUAAGCGGAAACAAGACCUCUUUGAACGGAGCAGGCACUCGCGGGUCAUAUUUCUGUCGUCCACCCCACUGUAAUGUUCCCGAAGUAUUCGGCCCUGGCACCCGUCUUCUCCUCUCAGCCCAAGAAGCGACAGCAACCCAGUGCAGACGAUCUUUCCCUUGCUGCCUGUGGUCUUACUGUUACGCCUGCCUGCCUGCAGUCUCUGUACGGCAUCCCUACCGCUCCUAAUACGGAAUCAUCCAAUACACUCGGUGUCACUGGAUACGGCGACAACUGGGCCAACAAGGCCGAUUUGGAGAGCUUCCUGAGUCAAUACCGUACUGAUAUGUCGUCCUCGACGACGUACACGCUCGAGACGCUUGACGGCGGGUCUUUUGGAUAUGUCUCCCAAGGUCCUUUCGAUAGCUGUCGUCUUGCCAUGUAACCCGUUGAACGUCAAUGCAAUGCCGUCGUGCUUUCGCUAACCCAUGU